UCGACACGUGAACUGUCAGAGUCAUUUGAGAACAGCUGAUAAUUCAUGAUUCAAUUUUGUUGUUUUCAAAUAGUAAACAUUAAAUUUUUAAAAAAAAAGUUAAAAUAUGGAUUUGACGAAACUUCCCAACGAAAAAAAGCUUAACCUAUGCAUGUGGUAUUUUAGAGUUGGUUUUGCAUUUCUACCCUUUGUGUGGGCGGUAAAUGCUAUUUGGUUUUUUAAUGAGGCAUUUAGAAAGCCGGAGUAUCCCGAACAAAAGCAAAUUAAAAAAUAUGUUAUAUUUUCAGCACUGGGGGCUUUACUAUGGCUAAUCAUCCUUGUUUCGUGGAUAACAGUUUUCCAAUUAAAUAGAUCAUCUUGGGGAGCCUUUGCUGACCAGAUAUCCUUUAUCAUCCCUUUAGGAACACCUUAAUUAUUUUAAGAGUAUUAAAUUAUUGCUUAAGAUUAAAUUAAUAUAGUCUCUAGUUUAGUUACCUACCAAAUAGAUUCAUUGUAUUAAAUAUUUUUUUACUUUUUAAAAUGUUUUUGUUAUUAGAAAGUGCUGAAUAAAAACAAUUUUUUCAGAAA